GGGAAUGCACGAAUGAAAGCGUUGUGCUCGCGCUCGCUCGAAAGUCACCGCGUGUUGGUUGCCUCCCGCCGGGAAAGCGCCGUCCUCUUCCGUAGUGUGCGCGUGCGCGGCCAUGAAAUUGUGCCGGACCACCUCAGAACUUUUUUUGUUGUUAUAGGAGGAAGGUGUGCGAGACAUGGCUGUUCUGGUGCUUGUGCUUUUAGGGGCCCUGUUCCAGUUCGCAGAGGGUCUGGCCCUGGCCCCCAACGCCACCCGGGGCUUGGGAGCGAGCCACGAGUUCCUGCGGGACAUCGUGCGCUUCUUCGGCCACAACGAGUCCAUCACGGCGGGGAACCUGGAGGAGUUUCUCAACAUCGUGGCUGCCCGCAGGCACGGCGCCGUCUCCGAACCAGGGAAUCCGCUUCACGGACGAAAGUGCCUUUCGGCGGAGCAGAUUCUUUCCCACUGGGGCUUGGCCAACGUCAGCCAUCUGAGCGUGGGCCAUCUGGAGUCCGUUUGUCCGGCCGUGUUGACCCAGGUGCUGGUGCCCUCCUGCCCCUACACCGGCCCCCCUGAGCCGCCCCCGCCCACGCUACAUUAUUCGGUUUGGGCUUGGGGCUUCCUGUCGGUGACGCUGAUCAACCUGGCGGCCCUACUGGGCCUGCUGCUGAUCCCCUUCACCCGCAAGCCAUACUUCCCCAAAGUGCUGACGUAUUUUAUCGGGCUGGCCAUUGGCACGCUCUUCUCCAACGCCGUGCUGCAGCUAGUGCCCGAGGCGCUGGGCUUGGAUCCCAAAGCCGACAACUACGUGCACAAUGCAGUGGGCGUCUUCGGGGGCUUCUACCUCCUCUUCUUGGUGGAGAGGAUCCUCACCAUGGCGCUUCGCGUUCAACACCAGCACAAUCCGCCGUCGCAUUUCGCCACGGUUGACGACUCAUUGGCUAAUGGGGAGAAGAAGGACUCCAGGCUGGUUUUGACUAGCGUCAGCAGCAUCAGCACGGCCGAGCGCAGCAGCGUCAGCUCUCAACGCACUGAAGACAUCAAUCUCGAUCAGCAGGACGGUCGGGCUUGCUGCUUGGCCGGCAGGCGUCUAGCAAGCAUCAAGACGGUGGCCUGGAUGAUCACGCUGAGCGACGCCGUUCACAACUUCAUCGACGGGCUGGCCAUCGGCGCCUCUUUCACCGUGUCCCCGCUGGCCGGCUUCAGCACCUCCAUUGCCAUCGUCUGCGAGGAGUUUCCCCACGAGCUCGGUGACUUUGUGAUCCUGCUCAACUCGGGCAUGAGCGUCCCGCAGGCCGUCUUCUUCAACCUGCUGUCGGCGAUGUCGUGCUACGUGGGGCUGGUAUUAGGUGUGCUGCUGGGCAGCAACUUCGCUCCCAACCCCAUCUUCGCCGUGGCCGGCGGCAUGUUCCUCUACAUCGCUCUGGCUGACAUGUUCCCAGAGAUGGACGCCAUCUCACGGCAACAGGAGGGCACCCGGGCCAAGGCUCUCUUCUUCCUGAUCCAGAAUGCUGGGCUGCUCAGCGGCUUUGCUGUCAUCCUGCUUAUCACUGUGUUUGCCGGAGACAUCAACCUUGGAUAAGAAACCUGCAACAGGACUUUAGUCUUCCACAUUCCAAAAAUGUUUUCUACAGACAAAACGAUAUACAAACAGACAAAAUGCAACCAUUGCUUGGUGCUGUACUGUACAGUUUUAUUCUUUAGCUAUGAUUUUCUUUGUGUUUUUUGGUCCUUGCUGUACAAUCAAACUUGAUUUUAGAAGGGAAUGAUGUGUAUUUUUAUUUCAUCUUUGAGAGGGUUUUAUAUUGAAAUGCUCAGGGUUUAUUUGGGUCUCGUGUAAAAAAAAAAAAAAAAAAAAAAAAAAAAAAGGGGGACCGUGUAAAUCUGACUCCGAUGCAAAAAAACCUCUAAGUAUAAAUACAAAAUAUUUUCAAUAUUGUAAAUAAUAAUGCAAUGAUUGGAGUAGUGUCACCAAGUGUUCUAGCACUUUCAAAUCCAUUUUGAUCAUUUUACAUUUUUUAAUUUCAAGUGUUUUUAUGACUUCUAUAAAUUUUUAGACGGGAAUGAAAAUUGCUGCGAAUAGUUUUCUCAAUAUGAAUUAAACAUGUUGUCCCUUUAUUUCUGGAUGAAUCAACAUUGCUGCUACUGAAGUGAAAAUCAAUCUUCACUUAGAAUUGGUUCUUUUUGUCUUUUUUUUUUUUUAUUGAUGUGAUUGUCUGGCAACUAAUUCAGGAAGUAUCCCACCUAUGGCCCAUAGUUAGCUGGGAAGGGCUACAGCAACCCCAAGACCCUCGUGAGGAUAAGCGGCACGGAAGAUGGAUGAUGUGAUUUUUCCAACGUGAUAGAAAAACACCCUUAAGGAGGAUUAAAUAAUUUCCACAGACUUCCUAAUAUAUAAUUGUGAAGUCUAUGUACUUUCAUUGUCACUUCAUCAAAUUUCAUUUCUAUUAUUUGUAGUUCAAAUUUAGAGAAUUAAAGAAAUACUCAGAAAUAUUAUUUAAUUAAAAAGAACAAAUAGUCAAUGAAUGCAAAAUGUAUACCCUUAACUCAUUAGCUGCCAUUGACAGAUGAACCAGAAUUGCUUUAAAAAUCGACCACACAGUAACUUUGUCAAAUUACCACAUACGACUCUGAAGGUAAAGAAACACACCAACAACCUCCCAAUACCAAUAACCUUUUUCAUUAACGAACUCGUUGGCUGCAAUUGACAGCGAUAGACGCUCAAUCCAUUUUGACUUAGAGGGCAGCGAUCGAAACAUGAUCAUGCCAGUUAUCCUAGUUAACUGGGGCGUCACUAGGUUUAAAGAACGGGGGGCUUAGCCCCCAGGAGUUACACAAGAUGUAAGUAAACAAAACUUCACAAACAGCUAACAAAGACUGAUAAUUUAUAUAUAAGUGUAACACCAUUUACCAUAUAUAUAUAUAUAUACACUAGUAUACUAAUAUAUUAUGCUUGCUAUAUAUAAUCUUCUUCUUGGCUUUCUCCACUUUCUAAUCAUUCCUCUCCAACUCACCUUUUAAAUAGAGGUCUCUCCCCGUCACCCUCUUUGCUCCUCUGCUCUGACUCCUACAGGUCAACAAAGGUGGUGGAGAGAUAAUUAUUAGUGUAUUAUUAUGACUAUCCACUGAUGAUAAUCAUACGUAAAUGCGCUCAGCUC